UGCAGCGCCGAGGACAAGUACAAGAUAUGGAUGAGGCACCGCUACAAGGAGUGCGUGGAGUGCUUGGCGGAGCUGAUGGGGCACGAUGCCUUCCAGGUCAAGGAAUUGUCGCUCUGCACCCUGAUGAAGUUUGUUGAGUUGGAGGCACGAUACCCGUUGAUCAAAGUGGAGUGGAAGGGGAGUUUAACUUUUCCUCGUGACCUCCUUAAGGUAGUUGUUGAUGGCUUGCUGCCCUUAAACGAGGACGCUUCACUGCUCAUCUCUCGCUUUCAAGAGUACCUGGAGUAUGAUGACAUUCGGUACUUUGUCAUAAAGGCCGUCACCGAGAGUAUUGGACAAGUCAUGCAGAAGACAAAAGAGAGGCCGCUGCCAUUUUACCAGCAGAAUGUAUUUUCCCUCAUUUCACCCAUUAACAUGCCAAACAAAGAGUGUGACAUGGUCAAGUUUCUGGUGAAGCAAGACAACUGGGAGGAAUUGAAAGUGUCAAAGCUGCAGGCACACAAGCAGGCCUUUGAAAAAAUGUGGCUCAGUUUCUUGAAGCACAAGCUACCUGCUGGCCUCUACAAAAAAGUUCUUGUUAUUCUGCAUGACUCCAUCCUGCCGUACAUGAAUGAACCCACACUCAUGAUAGAUUUCUUAACACUGGCCUAUGGCAUAGGUGGAGCAAUCAGUCUUCUAGCCUUAAAUGGAUUAUUUAUUCUGAUUCAUCAGCAUAAUCUGGAAUAUCCUGACUUCUACAAAAAGCUGUACAGCCUUUUAGACCCUUCUGUGUAUCACGUGAAAUACCGAGCCCGCUUCUUCCAUUUGCUUGACCUGUUUUUGUCUUCAUCUCACCUGCCAGCGUACCUGGUGGCAGCGUUCAUAAAGCGCCUCUCCCGGCUGGCCCUCACUGCUCCUCCUGAGGCUCUGCUCAUGGUCAUUCCCUUCAUCUGUAACCUCUUCCGGAGGCACCCCUCGUGCAAAGUGCUAGUACACAGACCUAACGGGCCAGAAGAUAUUUCAGAAGAUCCGUAUAUUAUGGAGGAGAAAGAGCCGUCCAAAAGCAGGGCUUUGGAAAGCUCACUCUGGGAGAUUCAGACUCUACAAAGCCAUUAUCACCCAGAGGUGGCCAAGGCAGCUGCUAUCCUGAACCAGUCGCUAUCUGAGAUCGAGGAUGACAUAUCGGGACUCCUGGAGCUCUCAGCUUAUGAGCUUUUUGAUAAAGAAGUAAAGAAGAAGGCGACUGAUGUGCCCCUGGAGUUCGAGCAAGUGCGAGGCUUGUUUGGGAAGAAAAAUGAUGUUUUUGCAGAGCACUUCUCUUUAGAUUGA